AUGGUAGGUGUGGAAAAUCUGGGUGUCGGUUUCGAUGAGUUAUUAACUAGAGGGGGUUGUGGUGUCAGGGAUGAUGCCGUGGAAAUUGCGUUCAGAGGCGUGGAGGGACUUGAGGAUGUCUUGAAGGAUUACAUGGUGAGGAAUAAGGAUGGGAAAAUCUUGUCGGUUGCGCGCCCCGUUGAUGCAGAGCAUUCUGAGGAGUUGCUCGGUUUGGCAGCCGCGAUUGGUAGAUCAUAUGGUAGUUUGAUAUGUGCUGCCGCGCACAAUGGUGGCGUGAGAUUGCCUGUCGGGAAGGGGGAUGACGAUGGUGAUAGCAACAAUUCCUCUGAUGAAGAAGCCGACAGUGGUUGUGGUGGUGCUGCCGAGGGGGAUGAAGCUGGUGAUGUUGGGGCUGGGGCUGGUGAUGUUGGGGAUGGGGCUGGUGACGGUGCUGCCGAGGGGGAUGGGGCUGGUGAUGCUGGGAAUGGGGCUGGUGAUGUUGGGGAUGUUGGGGAUGGGGCUGGUGACGGUGCUGCCGAGGGGGAUGGGGCUGGUGAUGGUGCUGCUGACGAUGCGCAUGGUGCUGGUGAUGACGGCGAGGGGUCGAGGAAUGGUGGACCACCAUUGGUGGUGCAGAUGAUGGUGCUGGUGAUGAUGAAUGGGAAUGGGAAUGGUGCUGAUGAUGGUGGGAACGGUGUUGAUGAUGGUGAAGGUGACGGUGAUGGUCAUCAAGGGAAUGUCGAGGGCGAUGGUCAUGGCGACGGUCAAGAUGAUGGUGAUGGGGAAGGGAGUGUUGAUAGCAGUGGGAACGGAGGCGAUUCAGAGCCUUCUCUAGAAGUAUCACGGGAGGGAUCUGAGAACAGACCAAAAUUGUUGCCUCCUGUUGAAGGUAGAACAUCAUCAUCAGCAGCAGCAAUAGCAGCUCCACCAGUACCAUCUGCGGGAUCUCAUAUAAUUACUGGUUCGGGUGGUAAAGUGCCUACUGCUGGGAAGCGGCCACGGCAGUUCGUCAAAAAGAGCAGUGCUAAGAAGGGACGCUAUCGGCCAGGUACGGUGGCGUUGCGGGAGAUACGCCGUCAUCAGGAGAUAACUGAUCCCUUGAUCGAGAAGCGGUGUUUCCAAGCUCUCGCUCGGUCGCUGUCACGGGAGGUUGAGGCUUCAAUGAGGUGGCAACCCCAGUCGCUUGUAGCGUUGCAAGAGGCUAGUGAGAGUUUUAUCGUCGGGAUGUUGGAAGCAUCCCAACUCCUGGCAGUACAUGGUAGGCGCAUCACUCUCAUGGAGAAGGACGUAAAAAUGUGGACGAGGCUGGCAGCUAUGUUUGGCAGUACAACUUUCAUGGACCAGGAGAAACAAGUCGGUGGCACUUGA